AGCAACAGGAGCGAGCGAGCGAGGACGUCUGCUGUGCACAUACUGAAUACUAUCCAGCAUAAUUUAACCCUGCCUGCAAGUGUGACUGAAGGCCUAGCUUCUGACCCGAGAGGUUCUCAAUGCAGCUCUGAUGUAAUGACACUUUUAGCAGGUACUCACCGGUCAGCACGUCCUGUGCGUUCCAGCAGCAGCACAGUGCGUGUCAAUGACGUCACUACAGGGCAUCGCGGCACCGGUUCCUGGGAUCCAGGCGGCGCAGCAUGAUGACGUAGGCGACACCAUUUAGCUCAGCGCAGAGGACUCCCAGGUGCUCGGACAUCGUGUUUUCCUGGCUACACUUUGAGAGGGAUUAACCCUAUUGUACCCACUGCCAUAUUCCAGUCAAGGAAAUUAAAAUCUCUCACCAAUGUGGUUAUGAAUUAUUCAGAGAUCGAGUCUAAGGUUCGAGAGGCGACCAACGAUGACCCCUGGGGACCUUCUGGGCAGCUCAUGGGAGAGAUAGCCAAAGCUACAUUUAUGUAUGAGCAGUUUCCUGAUCUAAUGAACAUGCUGUGGACACGGAUGCUAAAGGACAAUAAAAAGAACUGGCGAAGAGUUUAUAAGUCGUUGCUGUUGCUGGCGAACCUCAUACGAAACGGAUCGGAGCGGGUCGUCACAAGCUCCAGGGAGCAUAUUUAUGACUUGCGAUCCUUGGAAAAUUACCACUUUGUAGAUGAAAAUGGAAAAGACCAAGGCAUUAAUAUUCGGCAGAAGGUGAAGGAAAUGGUCGAGUUCAUUCAGGACGAUGACCGUCUCAGAGAGGAGAGGAAGAAAGCCAAGAAGAACAAAGACAAAUACAUCGGAGUGUCUUCAGAGGGUGCCGGGGGGUUCAGAUACAAUGAUCGAUAUGACUCUGAGCCCAAAUCUAAGUGGGAUGAGGACUGGGACAAAAGUAAGACAGGUUUUCCAUUCAGCGACAAGCUGGGGGAAAUAAGUGAUAAAAUUGGAAGCACCAUAGAUGACACUAUUAGCAAGUUCAGGAGGAAAGAGAGGGAAGACUCUCCAGAGAGAGGAAGUGACAGCGAAGAAGAAAAGAAACAGAACCGAGCAAAACAAUCGGGAGAGUUUAAAGACGAGGAGGAAACAGUGACCACCAAACACAUCCACAUCACUCAGGCUACAGAGACCACCACCACUCGCCACAAACGGUCAGCCAACCCAUCCAAGACUAUUGACCUGGGGGCUGCUGCUCACUAUACUGGAGACCAAGAAAGUCCUGUGCUUACCUCUUCAAACCAGAAUCAAGUGUCUACUGUCAAGCCUGCCGCAACCAGCAAAUCAUCAAAUGAUCUUGUCGAUCUUUUGUUCAACUCAGGACAAAAAUCAGGUUCCACAGGUUCUGAUCCAUUUGGAGAGUUUGCAGAUUUUACCCCUCCCACUACUGUAACUUCAUCCAUCCCAGCACCGCAAGGUUCAGCAUCCAGCAAUAAUGGAGAAUUUGGAGACUGGGGUGCUUUUAGUCAACCACCGCCUGUUCCUGCAGCAGCUGCUUCACUUGAUCUUUUUGGAGGAGCCACCCCUCAUAGUACAGACAUGUUUGCUGCUGUUCCUUCUCAACCCACUAAUGCUGUAGCAAACUCCACAGAUCUUUUUGAAUUAAUGGGUCCUUCACAUGCUACCAUGACUUCAUCCCAGAGUAUGAACCUGUCCAUAAUGAGUUCUAGUACUGUAGGGGUUUCCCUGCCUAUGUCAAGGUCCCAGCCCCUCCAGGCAAUGAACAUGGGCCUUCAGAAGCAGAACACACUCCCUUUGCAAGGAACGGACAUGAAGGGGACUGGGAAAUCACUACCUUCCACUUGGUCUGACCCCAGCGUCAACAUCUCCCUGGACAGUCUGAUCCCCGGCAUGCAGCCCUGCAAACCUGCACAGCCCAGCUUAAAUGCCAUGAUGCAACAGCAAAAUGUACAGCAGCCGAUUGGAAUAAUAUCACAGAGCUUUGGAAAUCUAACCAUCAGUGGAACCCCUGGCAUGAUGCCCAUCCGACCUCAGACUAGCCCAGUUAUGCCUAAUGCCAUGCCUGCUGGGAUGGGGAUCCCCAACAUGAUGACUGGCACUAUAGGAGUCCCUCCAAUGAUGAACCAACCCAUGAUGGGAAUGGGCAUGCCUGGCACUAUGGGAAUGCCCAUGGGUUUAGCUCCUGGAGCAAUGCCACCCAAACAAGAUACCUUUGCAAACUUUCCCAACUUCAGCAAAUAGAAGCCUUAUGCCUCUACCCCUUCCAAAGUUGGGGCGGUGGAUCUGAAGGAUUUUCUUCCUCAGCUGCACACGAAGAAAUGAAGGGUGAGGAGGACUAAACGAGGAGCCUGAUCCUCCUCGACACAAAUCUUUUUAAAAAUGAAUAAAAUAAACUUCCAGACAAGCUGUUUGUAGGGGGGGGGGGUACAGUCAAAAGAUUGGCUUCCUGCUUCUCCUUGCUUUGUCUCAGAGCACUAAUGCCUGUAUGUAUCAGACAGGAUUAUGUGGGCAUGCUCACUGGUUAUCAGGGGAUGGGACUGGGCUCGGCUGCUUUUUGUACACCUGAGAUUUCUGCCUGUGUGAAACAAAUAGUAACCUGCAUUCAACUUGACACAUUCCUCGUGUGAGCUCCACAUAAAAACAAGGUCUCCUGUUUUUAUGAAAUAUACAUAUAUAAAUAGAAGAAAAUUAUCUAUUUUUCUCUAAAGUUGACUAUUCAGUUCCUGUUGCUCCAGGCCUACAUGGCUGCAUUUGCGAGAUCCUGCAUAUCAUCAACAAGUAUGGCAGCACCCGUCGCUGAUUGAUAUCCUUUUGUGAUGAGUUGGUUAGGAGUGCCGUCUCUGAAUCAGAAGGUGGGCUUUGUCCGUGGUCUCGCAAGAGUAAAGCUUUUCCAAGAAUGGACAAGAACGAUGGUUUUAAGCUUUGUUACUGCUUAGUAAAACAGUGUUACCGACACCUCCUUCUGCAUAGGGACCAGCCAUAAUCACCAAUCAAGUGGGCACAAUACUGGAGUUGACGUUGGCACAAAAACAUGCAAUGAGAAAUAUGCUGCAUAUAGUAAUUUGGGCUAAAAAGCAGGCUGAUGUCUAUCGGGCAGCUGAGAAAUUCCCAUCAGCCUCCGCCUCCCUGGGUCCCAAUUAUGAUCCAGUCAUUGCACCUGGGGCUAAAGAACCACCAGAUCAGUUAAGUGUGUUAGUGGACAAAGUGGGUAAAGAUUUGGGUAAUUUUGGGACCUUUUUAUCUUAUAAGGUACUAAGUGCAUUUUUAUUUGUGCCAACGCCACUUGCUAUAUGUCUCUCCUUCGCGCCACAAACACAGCACAGCCUUUCUGCUUUCAUUUAACAACUGAAGGAGGGGGUUUUAUGAUUUUUUCCUUUUUUGGCAGUAGAUGCAAUUAACACUUUUAUUAUUCAUGAAAGGGGUAAUACCAUCCCUACUGGCAGAGAAGCCUGCCCAACAUCCAGCACGCUCCUUCCCUCUACAUAGCUUGGCCGCUUUUAGAUUUUUUAUAUAUAAAUAUAUAUAUUUUUUUUUUCCCCCCCUCCCCUGUUCCUUCUCUGUUCCACGUCCCUUUUCCCGUGUAUAUAAGGUAGCAGCCGGUGUUGGAAAUCAGUCCUGAUAUAAAUACAGAUCUAUAUUAUUAUUAUUUUUAAUGAUGAGCAGUAGCCUCCACAAAAUUCUUGGUUUGAGAGAAAUGACAAUGUAAAAAAAGAAUAAAGAUUAUUUUUUGGUUUC